AGCUUUGUUGUUUGGAGAAGAGCAGGUCACACCAGAUGUUUUGUUAAGCUCCUUCAUGCUGUAUUUAUGUGAUGCAGACUUAUCAGCUGUACAAUCAGCACUUGAUGGCAGCUUGACAGAAGAUGAGAAGAAGGCUUUGGUAGAUUUGCUUUGACUUGAACUACGAAGGAAUGCUGGGGCUCGACGUAGAGCUAUGGUUUCUCCCUUGUGCUCUGUAACCAUCUAGGUGGGUUCUCUUUGUCAUACCUCUUCCAGUGUUUGGUAAGUUUCUGGUUGAAAUCUAGGAGCUCCUGUAAAGUGUAUCCUGAUCCGACCUUACAAAAAGGUGCCCAUGAUAUUGGUGGAUAUCAGAUCCACUUUCACAGUGUUAGAGUAUGCCGUAGAUGUACUGUUGAGAUAAGUGAUUUGAAGUAGCAUUUUAGAUCAGACUCACUGACAAACCGAAGUGAAGAAGCUUAUGACCAGCAAGCAGAAGCAGUACAAAGCAACCCAUGCAGGAUCGGCUAGAAUAUAUUUUUAAUGAAAUUUGUUAUUGCCUGUAUUCUUAUUUUGCUACUAGGUAACAGCUGUGAUCAAUGACAAUGUCACAGUCAAAUUCAUGCGCCGAAACAGCAGUGGUCUGUAUGAAUUUACAGAGGAACGUGAAGCCAAUCAGCCCAAAAAAGAUGUCAUACGUACAGAAGAUGACUCUACCCAACCAUUACCCCAGCUGGAAGAGCUUACGCCAGUAGGCAUUUCAGAGUGAUUACGUAAUAGCGUUGACCGCUCGCUCCGUGCACAAGCUUGCAUAGCCAACACACAGGGCUGUCAUAUGUUCCUGUAUUGUAGCUAAAUUCCUAGUGCCUGGCACGCUCUUGCGUGCCUUGACAACAUUAACAAAAAAUGACAUGAUGAUUUCAAUGUCUCGACGUUUGGUCUUCUGAUUGGUCAAUUGCUAUGAAAUUACGUCAUCAUCUUAAGAUAGGACCCUCGAUUAUUGUGUCUGAGUUUCCAACAUGCAGCAGUUUUUUAUUCGUGAUUUUCAUCAAAACAACAACUUCAAAGGGCAAGAAAGUACACAUCUCAUCAUCGAAUCAGCUGGAAAGAAGAAUUCUGACUUCGUGGUUGAAAACUAGCUGAACUACUCACUUGAACUAGCUUGACAUUUAGGCAGAUGGAAGCACAGGUUUCCUCAUCUGACGAGUCCGACUUGCCAAUGGCACUCCCACCACUCCAACUCCAACUCCAAGGCGAAAGCAACCAGCAUGCAGAGGCCUCGUGCAGUACAGUGGAACCAAUCCUCAUUUCUUCAAGUAGUACAGGUAUUGGGCCUUACUGCAAAGCAGCUGGGAUAACUACAAGUCAGCUGCAACAGAAUUUGGAGGGAGUUCAAGUUCUUGGAGUACUAAAGAAUGGACUUGUUCUAGAGCUGUACGAUUACUUCAUAGUACGUUUCAAAUACCAGUUGAAGUCUCUUGUAAUUAUGUUACAUAAUAUAGCAGGUUGCCCAGAAGCUGACAGUCGAGUUGUGAGCAGUUACCUCCGGUCGUUAGCUGAUCAAAGAAAACGAGUGAGAAAGAUCAAGAACAGAGAAAUGCAUCUGCAGGAGCUGUUCGAGGCAGAAUUUAAGAUGAUUCAGAAAAGACAACUAAAGGAGCCUGACACACCUCGAAAAAAGAAAUUGAGAAACAGCUUGACCAUUGCCAACAAGGAGUUGAAACAAGUAAAUAAAGCGAAGAAGAAUCUGCUUGCUGAAAAAGAAAUGAGGAAAGCAGAAGUUCAGGACCUAACAAGAGAAGUUGAGACAUUGACGAAAGACAAUGAAGAACUACAAUGCACGAAAAUGUCGCUUGAAAGAAAACAUGCAGAUACCUUGCUUGAAAUGGAGCAGAUGAACACAAAUUUCAAACCCCUUGAAGACGAUGUGGAUCAUUAUGCAAGAGGAUAUGAUGCAGCAGCUGACAAGCUGAAACAACUCGAAUGUAAAUAUGAUACUCUGCAGUCACCAAAAAACUGUCGAAAUUGGAUACUAGAAACAUAAACCGAAAAAUGAAGAGAAAAGAUGAAAAAAUCAAGAUGCUAGAGGGCAACCGUUCGAAGUUGGCUGAGCUGGAAAAGGUAACGAUUGAAGUGAAAGAAGAUUUGCGAGAAACCAAGGACAAACUGAUUGAGACAGAAAAGGAAUGUGUUCUGCUGCAAGAUGAAAUCAAAGCGAAACGAGAUAAGGCAAAACAAAAAGGAAAGCAGGCUUGGUACUAUAAGAAACGCUCUUCAAGUCCUGGUAGAAGUAAGGUGCCAAUGAACACCAGCCCCGCCAGUGAAACUCAUAUUUCACGUAUUACAGUCCUUCAACGCAAGGUGCAGGAUCUGGAAGGACUGCUCGAGUUACUUCAGGAUGAUGAUAUCCAAACCUUUGAGGGAGGGAGGUACACAGACGAAAUUUGUGAAACAAUAAUGGAGCUCCUGUCUCUAAAUGUAUCAAUGUCGAAGGUCUCCACAGUCAUUAGACUUGUCCUAAGAAAACUGGCAAAGAAGGAUGUUGCACGGAUGCCAUCUAUUGGUACCAUUUCCCAAUUUGCUCUUGAGGCAAGGCAUCUCGCUGACAUAGAGAUUGCCCAGUCAAUGCUUAACAACACUACCGGAACAUUAGGGAACUGCAUCCAUGGAGACGGCACCACCAAGUAUCAUAAAAAAUACCAAAACUGGCAAGUUACCCUACCAGACGGCACGCAGAAGAGCUUUGGCUUGAUGGAGAUGGCGCAAGGAAAUACCGAUGCAGUUAUGCACUCAUUUGAACACAAGAUCCAGGAGUUAGUCAAUGCACUCGGCGCUGUGGAUAAAGGGGAUCCCGACAGGUUAUACAAGGAGCUAAUUACUAGCAUCAGUGCCACCAUGACGGAUCAAGGUCCUACGAUGCCUCAGUUCAGUGAUCGUGUUGAAUCACUUCGCCGUACCCUCCUCCCCGAAGUCGUUGAGCACUGGGAAACACUUCCAGAAGAAGUUCAAAAAUCUGCUUCUGACUUUGGACCCUUCUAUUGUAGGAUGCAUCCUUUGAUUAACUUUGCCGAGGAAAUCAACAGAACAUUGAAGGCAUUCGAAGACAUAUGUACAGACGGGAAAGGAACUCGAGCCUUGUUCUCAGGAGAAUCUGGUGCAACUCGACUUGUAAGAACUGCUAGCAAGGCAUUCCACCAUAGGGGCUCAGAUAAGUGUGGCAUAGAAGAUUCUUUCACAGCCUAUCUGGAGCAUGAGUAUGACGUGAAGAAUUACCUAGUCCAUUACGUGGGCAACCGAGCAAACAUCAUUUUCGAAGGUGCUAGUGCCCUCUACUUUCACAUCGACCACAUUGUGAACUUCGUUGGUCUCCUGCCAGAUCCAAAUCUCCUACUCAAAGCUGUGAGAGCAGACGCUAUGGAAAAGGUUUUCCGUGCCGAAUUAAAAGCCCUGGGCAUCUUCUGUAAACUGGUGACAGAUCCCCUGUGGCACAUCGUCAAAACUGCCGACAACAUUCUCGACUUAAAUGAUACAUUACACCACGCUCAGACCAUGCUGCAAAGAUUAAAAAAUGAUGCAAGUUCAAUGCUGCAAGGAGAGGCCGUCUUCCCAUCAGUUCCUCUGAAGAAGGAUGUACUCUUUGACAGACUGUUUGAUGAGGAGAGCGACAGUGAGAUAGACGUGAUGUGCAUCCAAGCUCUGGAGCUGAUUUGCUGUGCAGUUCUCCUCAUCUUAGAAAGCCAGUGCAGGGAUCAGCUCCCAGGAGGCCGAUACUGGAAGCCAUCUAAACAGACCAUGGACAAAUGAUGCACCAUGCGUUACCCUGGGGUACCGUAGUACCCCGGGGUACCGCGUUGUGUAGAGCCAUCUCGCGUCCACUCGAGUACAAUGUAUGGAGUGCGUGUACAUAGUUCCGUGGUAACUCGAUCACAAGCGCACUACGGUGGCUAUCGCACACUAUAGUGCUAGCUAGCUCCGGCGUCCGGUCCCGACCCGUGGCUAUUUUAGAACUUGAUGUUAUUGCACGUACGUACCGUACCUGUAUACUCUUUCGAGAAAAAAAACAACAAACAAACAUCGCAUCAUCGACAUAGUUAACGCGCGCGUUACUGUCAAACUUUCAAACUUUGAAAAUGCCAUGGGUGGAAGGUGAUGGUGGAUAUGGGGAUUUACUGAAAGGGAAAGGACGUAAAAGACGGAAGAUUACAAGGGCCGAGAAAGUUGAAAGAGCUCGAUCUCGUGCUGUAGAGAAGUUGGGGGAGGAGAAGGCCGCUGAUGUGGUAGCGGUGUUUAGGAGGGCGAGUGACGGGGGAGACAAGGAGCAGGCUGAUGGUGUUAUUUUG